AUGGUUACUCCAAAGGACUCAUAUUUCAACAAAUACGUGUUUGAGUUCUUCGUCAAGGUGCAACUUCUGUUUGACGAUGAGUUCCGAACUCGUAAGGUUUGCGAUUUGCAGUCCAUCCCCAGGCAGCCCAAAAUAUCCACCAAGAAACUCCAUUUAGAUUUUGGAAACAGAGACGAGGCACUCAAUCGACAAUUUGUUGACGAGCUGAAAAACAUACAAAUAUAUAAGGAACUCGACCUGAACCCGUCCACCGUCAAAUAUUUGUCCCAGUUCUACGACAAAUACUCCAAGGAACUCAGGCACUGGGACGUGAUCACCAUUUUGGACUCGUUCGACAAAUUUAUUGCACAAACUUCGCUUUCGGAGCCUGAACUCUAUUACGUCAGUCGAAUACAGUUGAUCGACAUGUUGCUCCUGUGCAAGGCAAGCGACUCGCAACGUUCGAAACUUCUUACCAGAAGAUCAAAAGUGCAUAACGAAUCAUAUACCGUCGCUCCGGACAUUAGAAACCUCAAGUACAGAGAGGCUCUUGUCAGGGCAUUUCAGGUUACCAACGAACAAUUAGAUAACAAAAUUAAGGAGCUUCGGCCUUCUCUCGCGAAAUCCGACGUCGCCUACUUCAUCAACUCCGACAAGUCGCUUGUCAAUAAGUACACUCGUCAGGAUUUCGCCUCGGACUCGUCCUACAAAAACUGGAAAGACAGAAUCACCUACAUGAACCAGGAACUUACCAAGAAGUUCAAGUCACAGUCCAGCAAGUCCAAAUCAACAUCAUACGUUCCAAACGAUCUCAUCCAGGUUUUGUUAUACCUGAAAGACUUGGUCUACGACUCGUCUCCGAUCUUUUUCGAUCAAUUUGUGCGCUGUUUGCAAAUUUGGCAAGUCGAUCCGUUCGAUAUGUACAUACACAUGGUUGAGGACAUUCCCGAGCGAAAACCAGACCUGGAAUAUGCCACUAAAUGUUAUGGGUUGGCCAAACUAUCGAUGGUGGUGCGCAUGGAUUUGGAGGAAUGGCCGGUUCAGAAACGUGAGACAUUGCUCCGACUCAACAGACAAGUGUAUUUUGAGUACAAGAGUCUGUUGAGUGAGUGUUUCCUCAACUUUUUUGCCGACAAAAGAUCGUUCACAUCUGCAUUAGAGUUGUCGCGAUUUAUUCUUGUGGACGAGAUCGAGGCCCUGGUUCUUUCGGGGUUAAGAACCGCUCUUUCCACCAGACUCAACAAGCAUUUCAAAGAACUUAAGCUUUCCCAGAACAAGUCCAAGAUCGAGUUCAUCGCCAACCUUUUGGCGUACGUCAAUCUUGAUUUCGACGAGAUCGAAGAUUGGACACAAAGAAACAUCGACCUGGACCAAGGGAUCGAGUUCAUGAAGAUCGCAAUCGAGUAUCUGACUCGUCCUAUUGAAGACUAUUUAAAGGCUUUUAUCAUGGGAUUGAAGACUUCCAGCAAAGACGGCACUGCGUCGCAGGCCAACUCCAAUUUGACCACAUUGCUCGAGCUACUUUCCAAGCUCCGGAAAAGAACCAACAUGAACGUUAGUUUCCAGUCCAUUCUGUUCCCCAACGUUUUGGAGUUGGUGAACAGUUGGGGAUCCGAAAUCACUGAGCAGACAGAAAGAGCCAUUGAGAACGACGACCUGGACCGGCUCGAAGGCUGUUCGUACAGUUCGAGUGUCCAGAACGUUUUACAGAUUUGCAACGCCUACAUCAAAAUCUUGCGGUCUUUCGAGUGGGAGAACGAGCACGAGUCUGCACAGAUGUUUGCCAACUUGUACCGCAGCAUUUCCGAAACUCUCAACAGCUACUCGAACACGAUGUUUGUGAGAAUCGAGAAAGAACUGAACUCGGGACAAUUGUUGAACUUCAAAGGUGAAUCGUGCACAUGUUUGAACAACAUUUUCAAGGUGUUGGAUUACAUGGAUCAAUUCAAGACGGACGAGCUCACCAAGUAUUCGAAGAUUCUCAGCGCAAGACCUGUUCGUGGAUCCAAAUAUAAAAAGAAGGUGGUGUUGGUUGAUAUCAAGGGAGCAGAAAAUGUGGAAGAUAACCGUGGCCAGCCUCUGAGUUUGUACGUUCUGAUUUCGGGAGUCAUCAGUGGCCGCACACGUUGUAUUUUUAAGGACUAUAAUCCGGAAUGGAACGAGAAGUUCCAAACGUCCACGGAUAAGGAGUCGGGAUUUUUGAGAUUCGACCUGAUUGAAAAAAGCGGAAUUCUUUACAAGUCGUUGACUCACAAGUUGCGGUUCAAAGACAACUAUGGAAUCCCAAUGGAUGAGAAGUUGAGUCUGAGUCCAAAUUCGGGAAGACUCAACAUCUGUGUCCAAAUCAUUGUGGAGAAGAACGAUCCGUUAUUUUAUGUCGACCAGGCCAAACUGGAGAUUCGCAAGGGAAGAGACCGAUCCAUCAAACUGUUUGUGGAUCGGUUUUCUGAGGAGACUAAGGACAUCUUUACCAAAUCAUUUUUGGAAGAGAGUCUUCGACGGACUCCGGCCACUCCAUUUGUCAUGAACCACAAAGCACUGAAAGAGCCUGAGUUGGACUCAUACAUCGACCAGAUGCAGCUCCACACGAUCCAGGAACUGUAUGACAACAUGGAGACCGAGUGCUUCGACGCAGUGAUUGCACAGUUGUGGAUCAAGAUCCUGAAAGAGGCAGAGAAUCUGAUUCUGCCACGGAUUUCGUUCCUGUUCUACAAAGUCGAGUCCCGGCUCAACAAACGGACGUCUGCCAUCAACGGGAUCAUGCCGUCGAGCAGGUACCGGAAAACAGACGAUAUCGAGUUCACGCGGGUGAUGGAGUGGUGUCUUAAGUUCAAAGAUAUGUUCCAUGCUCCCGGAAAGAUCCUUGAUGACCAGAUCAACAAUAUUUACGACGAUUUCAUGACCAUAUUCAAACUGUUUCAGCUGUCUAUUGCUGAUUUGAAAACAGAGUACAACAGAACAUGGACGCAGCUCAACAAGUAUGUUGUUAAGAAGUAUGUGAGGGAGAAGAACGAGAUGGAGGCAGAUCCUACGGCACGCAAGUUGCUACAGACCAAGGAGAUCCUGCUGCGGAUACUGAUUGCCAAGAACGAGCUGCGGUUCGCCAAGGCCGCGAUCGAGAUCGAGCAACGGUACGAGCGGGCAAUUAAGACGGAGAUGGAGUGUUACUAUAUGUCUCACAGUUCGCCUGGUCAAUUAGAUUUAGUGUAA